UCAGCCGGCCCACUCAUUACCAUGUUUUAUAUCCCCCUGCGCGCAGAAAGCAUCAUGGCAAAGCGGCUCCAUCCUCCCCGCCAACAGGGAAGUGAGUGAAGCAGCCUCGCGGAGCAGGUGUCUGUCGCGCGGACAGAAACUCCCCCGCCCUCCCGACAGCUCCGGACUCCUGGAACUUUAUUUAUUUAUUUAAAAGUUUUCUCCUUGCCCCCUUCCCCCCCAUUCCCACCUCUAUCUCUUUUUCUCUUCCCCCGUCGUUUAAUUGCCCUCCGUCCUUCCUCGCGGUGCUUAUGUCGUGUUUUUGAUGUUCUCCAAAAUGGUCUCGAAGCUGACGUCCCUGCAGCAGGAGCUCCUCAGCGCCCUGCUGGACUCAGGCGUCACCAAAGACGUCCUCAUCCAGGCCCUGGACGACAUGGACCCGAGUCCGCCGCCGCAGGGUUUCGGGGUCAAACUGGAGAGCCUGCCCGUGUCCCCCGGCAAGCCGAACGGCGCCGACGCGGACUCCAAGCCCGUCUUCCACACGCUCACCAACGGACACGGCAAGGGCAAGCUGUCCGGGGACGAGGGCUCCGAGGACGGGGACGACUACGACACCCCGCCGAUCCUCAAGGAGCUCCAGUCGCUCAACACGGAGGAGGCCGCGGAGCAGCGGGCAGAGGUGGACCGCAUGUUAGCCGAGGACCCAUGGCGGGCGGCUCGUAUGAUCAAAGGUUACAUGCAGCAGCACAACAUCCCCCAGCGGGAGGUGGUGGACAUCACGGGGCUUAACCAGUCUCACCUCUCCCAGCACCUCAACAAAGGGACGCCCAUGAAGACGCAGAAGCGAGCGGCCCUCUACACCUGGUACGUCAGGAAGCAGCGGGAAAUUCUCCGACAGUUCAACCAGGCCACUCAAGCUUCUAUGGGCAGCAUGUCAGACAAAGGCAGCCAGGAUCCGGCCUUUUUCUACCCGGAGUUCAACAUGUCCGGCCCAGGUAUGGGUCAGUCGAGCGAAGAGGUUGGCACUGAGCCCCUGAGUAAGAAAAUGAGGCGCAACCGUUUCAAAUGGGGGCCUGCGUCUCAGCAAAUCCUGUACCAGGCCUACGAGCGGCAGAAGAACCCCAGCAAAGAGGAGAGGGAGGCUCUGGUGGAGGAGUGCAACAGAGCCGAGUGUCUUCAGAGAGGAGUCUCCCCUUCCAAAGCUCAGGGACUCGGCUCUAACCUGGUCACUGAAGUCAGAGUUUAUAACUGGUUUGCCAACAGACGUAAGGAGGAAGCCUUCAGGCAAAAGCUGGCGAUGGACGCCAUCACUGCACCGUCGCACGGCAUCAACCCACUGCUGUCGCAUAGCUCGCCGCAUCAUCCCCAGACCAGCGUGUCCCCUCCAAUGCGUUACAGCCAAGGCCCUGGCGAAGUCUCCUCCUCCACCGCCAUCAGUCACCACAGCAGCAGCAGCCAGUCGGUGCUGCAGCAGGUGUCCCCGGGAGGACUGGACCACAGCCACAGCCUGCUGUCGCCUGACGCCAAGAUGAUUUCAGGGUCGGGCGGAGGACUUCCUCCGGUCAGCACGCUGACCAACAUCCACAGUUCCCACCACGGCCACCAGCAGCCGCAGAACCUACUAAUGCCUCUGACAGGAGUCAUGGCAAUAGCGCAGAGUUUGAGCACGUCGCAGGCCCAGACGGUGCCGGUGAUCAACAGCGUGGCGGGGAGCCUCGCCGCUCUCCAGCCGGUACAGUUCUCCCAGCAGCUCCACAGCCCCCACCAGGCGAGCGUGAUGCAGCAGUCGCCCAGCCACAUGAGCCAGCAGCCCUUCAUGGCCACCGUCACACACUCUCACAUGUAUUCGCACAAACAAGAGCCCCCGCAGUACUCUCACCCGUCCCGUUUCCCCCCAUCCAUGGUCACAGAUGCCAACAGCAUCAGCACCCUCAGCUCCAUGUCCUCCAGCAAGACGGACGCUCCUGUAAACAAGAUGGUGCAACUCGGGGGUAUCUCCUGGUGUCCUCUUCCAGCUUGGUGAGAGCGUCCAACCGUCUUCCCCACUGCCCGGCAACCGGAGCGCAUUUUUCCACCCUCUCUCCCGGGUUAGCAUGACAACUGCUAAUGGACUCGCAGGCGCGCGCACGCUGGACAACAAGCUGGUCAACAAACACGGAGGGGAGGGGGGCAGGGGGGAGUACCGAGUCUGCUGCGCGUGAAUGAUCAAGGAUGUUUAUGAUUCAAACUCAAAUCUUAGAAAACAGUAUUCGGUUAAAAAAAAAAAGUCAUCCCAAGUUGUCACUUAAAGGAACAAAA